AUGGAACGUAUCGGGGAUGACAUGAUUUUUGAAGAGAUCUUAUCGAGACUACCUGCAAAGGCAGUUUGUCGUUUCAAAUGUGUUUCUAAACAAUGGUGUUAUGAGUUAUCUACACCAAAGUUUGUUUUAAUACAUACUCGACGAGUUUCAAACUUACCACAAAAGAAGCUGAUAUCCUUGAAUGGAAAUUCCAUUGUCGUUGACGACAUAGUAUCUGGCAACUUGGAAGUCGAUACCAGAAAAAUCGUCACUUUUCCAUACGAUGUCGAGCCAUCCUUAUUAAGCAUUAUAGGUUCGUUUAACGGACUUAUUUUACUUUGCAUUAGGAGGACUGAUUCCAAUGACCUCGUCCUUUGGAAUCCAACGACUAGGCGUUUUAAGUUGAUAUCGGAUGACUAUUUUAGUCGUUAUUUUGGUCGACACAACGAUACGGGUGGGAUGUACGUUGACGAGCACAACGAUCUGAAGGUGCUUCAUAUUAACUGUUACUGGGGGACAGUUACUGCUCGUGUAUAUUCACGACAUAGUGGCUCAUGGAGGAAGUUGAAUUUCUUGAAAGGAUCUAUGUUAGGUUCAAACUUUUAUUCAUGGUCUCCUGGAAUUUAUUCGGGAAAAACAAUAUACUUCACUGUUUCCAAUUACUGGAUUCCACCUGGUGAAAGGAACAUUGUUGCUUUUGAUGUUAUAUCUGAAUCCUUUAGUAUACUUCGUUUUCCUGAGCGUAUUGAAGUCAAUCCUUGCCAAGCACAUUUUCUAUCAAUUUCCAACAAGCUACAUGUCAUUGUCGUUCAAUAUGCAGGUGAACUAAUUGCAGAUUUGGUCAAGUAUGAGCAGAAUGACUGGAUCAAUGUCUUUUCUUUCAAUAAGGCUCGCAUAGUUGAACAUUUGGAGCCGCAGGAAAGGACAAAUAUAAUUCAGGACAACAGGUGGUUGAUAACCAGUAUUUGGGGAGAUACUGUUGAAGUUAUCCUUUGCAACGAUUCUUUGAAGUAUAUUCAACAUGUUGACUGCUACAACGGACCGAAAGGCGCAUUAUUUUUCGAGACAAUCCUUUCGCCUUUCAGUUAG